GUUGUUGCUCUGCCUCAGAGAGGCGUUGUCAGGACCCAAAGCCAAAUCAGACAGUUGAAGGUGUGCUGAGUAACAGUGGAACUCUUUCACCCUUUAAGGAAUAUCCGCACGAGUUAAUUUAAUAAUGAUCAAGGUGUUACUCAAAAGCAAGUUGAAUUGAUAUUAUAUCGACGGGAUUCAUGUAAUAUGGCUACUACUGAGAAUGCAGAGUCGGGUUUACCAGAAAAUAAAGUGGAUCGGGCUGACCCAGAUGCAAAAUACCCACUAAAAGUUCUCUAUUGUGGAGUGUGUUCUCUGCCAGUAGAGUACUGCGAGUACAUGCCUGAGCCGGCCAAAUGCAAACAGUGGCUUGAGAAGAACUUUCCUGAUGUGUUUGCUAAACUGACUCUUGCACCCAAGAAGGAAACAACAGGAGGAGGAGGAGGAGGAGGAGGUGGCGGUGGAGAGGCCCCCCUUGUGGGAGAGGAAGAGGAGAAGAAGAAACAGAAGAGAGGUGGAAGAGGUCAAAUCAAACAGAAAAAGAAGACCGUCCCGCAAAAAGUCACAAUAGCAAAGAUCCCACGAGCUAAAAAGAAAUACGUCACAAGGGUGUGUGGCCUGGCCACUUUCGACAUUGACCUUAAAGAGGCUCAGAGGUUCUUUGCUCAGAAAUUCUCCUGCGGUGUCUCAGUGACAGCAGAAGACGAAAUCAUCAUUCAGGGAGACUUUACAGAUGACAUCAUGGACGUCAUCCAGGAAAAGUGGCCUGAGGUGGACGACGACAGCAUCGACGAUCUCGGAGAGGUCAAAAAGUGAAGCCCAGUAUGCACUUUUACUGAAACGGAUGCGACGUGACACAGCAAACCUGGCCAAAUGUACACAUUGACAUAAAGCCCUUUUAUAUCUAUUUUAUUUACUGUAUAGAAUUUCCGUGGACUUGGCUUCAUCCUUGGGGUUUUUCAGUUCUUGAUAGCUGCUUUGUCUCUUGGUUGCCAAAGGUCUGGAAUGAUGUGACUUAAAGCAUUUCUCACAUGCAAACAGUAGACUAAUAAAUUUCGGUCUCAUUCGACACACUUCUAUUGUGUAUUGUUUCUUUUAUCACAGCCUCCAAUGCAACACUGUGGCCUUUAGUUUGACGAUUUACAAAUGCAUUUCGAAAGAGUAAUAACA